AUGAGCUUUAUGCUUCUUUUCGACCGUGGCCUCUCCGUCCGGGAAUAUGUGCUCGCCCGCAUCGAGGACUGCCGGGAACCGUUUCACGUUUGGUAUCAAAUUGCCUUGAGGACGUCCAAAAGCGCCAUCUUGACCUCAGUUGUCAUAUUUGUGGUGGCACUCGUGGUGCUUCUGACCGUCUUGGGGUGUAUUGCCCUCUCGCUUAUGGGCACGUUGGCGAUCCGACGCUACGUCCUCUUGCACGCCCCUGGAAACCAGUUGCUGCCUCUAACCUUCAACACCAUGCCGUACGAGACGGAGUUGUGGCGACUGCACAAGUUGGACACCUUCGUCUCGCGUCUUGCCUUUGAGCCAGAGACACUUCCCCGACAGGAUGACGGACGUUCCGUUGUGGCGAGGAAAGAGCCUACGAGCGCAGAACUGCCAUUGUCCGUGGCGGAGCAGGCAGCCUCGCUGAAAAUGUCCCUCAUACAGCAGUACGUACAAAAUACACUGGCGACAAGCACACUGCUUAUUCCCACUUUGGUGCGGAGGGAAGUGUUCCCUCCCGGUGGUGGCGUCUCCAUUGAGGCACUUUUUCAGCAGCGGAAGCCAAUGUUUAAUGCCAGGGGCGUGUAUGACGCCAAGAUGCAGCUUGUCUUUAUGAAGGAAGAGGUGGGGCGUGACGUUUCUCUGGUGUUGGAAUCAUCUGUACUCUUCUCUGAGGACUCCGAUAUCUCUCAGGCGCUUAGCGGGCUGGACGUCCUUUUAAAGACGACCACCUCCCUUACCUUCACAACCGGCGAGAAGGAGACGUUUUUGCUGAUGCGUCUGAUCAAAAUGUCGUUUCGCUUUGCCUUCUUUGUGCCGCUGUGGAUGUAUGAAAAGUUCAUCGAGUUGCUGCACCGUGACUUCUUCCCUGACGUUGACACUUCAACCGAGGUGGCUGUUGUUGUCGACGUUUACAACGGAUUUGAGCCGCCUCUUGUCUUACAGCCUCGGCUGCGCGCCAUCAACUUUACGUUGUACCAAGAGGUGAAAAGUACCCUGGGGCGGGCGCGGCUGCUUCGGAUGCACUUUUUUAGCCGCGUCCAUCUCGCUGGUCUUGCGUACUACUUUUCGACGUACACUUUGACUAGCUUCAUGUGCACGACGCUGGUGCUUUUCAUAUGCUUCUGUGCCAUUGCUGUGGGGGUUGCUCUUGCCGCAGGAGCCUUGAUUGUUUCUUUUUAUGUGCGUAGCACACGCUCUUCUGUAGACGAGGGUGCGUCCCCGUUCGACACCGAGGAGGAGGAGGAGGAGGAGAAGGAUUGGGUUGGGGAGAAGCAGCGGUUAAUUCCGCAGAUUUAUCCGUCUCCCUUGCUUCAUGCCGAGAGCUUUGCUUCAUCUAUGCAGGGGAGCAGGCGGACAUCAUUGUUUCGCGCCUAUGAGCCGAAUUCGCCUCUUACAAACGAAAAGAAAUCCAAGUAG